AAUCUCUGACGAACGGGAAAAAGUCGUCCAUCUAUUGACAUUACUACUUGUACAACUACAGGUCGGUUGAUCGAAGCCUGACUUCUUCUUUCUGUUGGCGCGCAGCACAGUAAUAAACAUAGAAUUUUACACGUGGAAACCUGCAACACGUUCCUGAGGUUCAGGAUAGGUCCAUUGGUCCAUAGGUUGCGAUUCAGCAUUAGUUUCUGUGUGCGGCAAUAAGCGUUUGGAAAUUUACCCAAGCAAAUCUUAUUUGUGCCUUUUGCACGCAAUGGGCAGCCUAACCAUGCGCGCUGCUUUAGUGGCGCUCCUCGUUAUCAUAGCCACAUCAGGAGGCGACGCGCAGCUCAGGAACUACCGCAGCAAAAAUGGCGUUCGAUUGGCUGGUGGCUCGGGGCCAAAAGGCAGGUUGGAGCUUUCAUCGGUUGACGCAUGGUUCAGUAAUUCCUCCGCGCCCACAAAGCCCGCCUGGAACGCGGUUUGCGACGAGGAUGUCGACGAAGAUGUUGCGCUGAUUAUGUGCCAGAUGCUCGGAUACUCGUACGGCAGGAAAGCAUACGACGCAAGAUUCUCGUACCGCAAGCCCCCCACAUCCACAGCCCGCAUCGGAAGGAUUACCUGCGAUCAGAAAGACUCGUCUAGGCGGGCCCUACGCGGGCUGCCGACCCAGACGACGGCAACGAAGAACGCUGGCGGCGCUGCCGACCAGCCCCUUCUGGAGGUCAACGUCGGCAGCGCCAGUGACGCUCAUGACCCACGGGUCGAUCGGUCGCUGUACACUCCGAGAAUGGCCACACUCAGGUCGCCCCCCAGCGCCCCCUACACGUGCAUGUUCGGCAUGGGUCGGUGCGAUACCCAGGGACCGCUGGCUGGGCUCGAGUGCUCUCAUACGCCGCUGGGUGACGCCUCGCCGCCGCCACCUUCACCGCCUUCGCCGCCGCCAGCUCCGCCACAGCAUUCGAGCUUUAUUAAGCUUGUAGGUGGGCGGCCUGCCGACCAACCCUGGAAUAAAGUGGAGUCCAACCUGGCGUGUAUUUCGGAUUAUUACCCCUGCACCAACUUUGGCCGAGUGGAGGCCCUGGUUGAUUCUCUUAAUGGUGAUGGCACAAUGACCUGGGCGCCAGUGUGCGCUAUCGAUGAUCCGGAUCUCGCAGACAGAGUCCGCAGCGUCAUUUGCCAGCAGAUCGUGGACUGGAUGCCAAACAGGGAUGGCAUGUCUCUGACCGUUAAUGCUGACGUGUCCUUCGAGGUGCCAUUAGACCCGGUAACUUCUUCUUCCGACUUCGACCCGAACAAGUACGAUACCUGGUUCACUGUCCUUGGUUACGACGGCGCAUUGGCACGGUUACAGGACUUCAUGUACAUGGCCUCACAAACACCAUGCGAGUCGCUGCUGGGAGUACAGUGCCAAGUGUUCAGGCACCCCUUGGACAUGGUGAAGCAGGCAUUCGAAUUCCCAACACAGCCGCAGCAGGUCUGGGUGUCCCCGCUGAUGCAACUACAGGCGCCACCACUGCAGGACAUCAGGCCAGAGUGGAUGUUGCAGCCCUGGGUCUCAGAUGUGGGCGGUGGAGAUUGCAACAGCCAUGAUGACAGCAAAGGCCGCCUCAAAGUGCAGACGUUCUCUGCCUGA